UCGCUUCUCAUGUUUAAUAUUUCCCACGGCAACUGUUGUCAUCCACCAGAGGAAAUACAGGAGCUGCAUGUCCCACUGGCUGAACAAGUACAUGGGAGCAUCUGUGAGACCCAGCACCCAGGGAAGUGCAGGGGAACCCUCUAAACAGUGGUGUGGUUGAGAUGCCCAACACUGUGUGUGAGGGCAUACCAGCAACAGUGUUGGUGAGUUUGCCCAAGGCUGAUGACUGUGCAGCAGGGAGGCCCGGGACUUUCUCCCAGCCAAACAGUUAUCUCAGGAGCUGGAAGCUUUGCCCUGGCCAGCUGCUCCUUUCCCAUCACAUGGGAGUGAUUGCAAGCCCCAGAAGCAGCUGACGUGUCGCUUGCCAAGGAAAGGUGUGGAGCAAGGUGGCAUGGUGAAGAGAAGGCAAGCAGGCACCAUGGGCACCUCUGUCUUCUCAUGUCUCUUUGUUAUCCUCCUAGCCGGGAGCUCCCCAGCAGGCUGUGCUGAAGAUAACAGCUCUACAUCCCACAGCACGGAAGGAGGUACAGAGAAACUUGUCCUAUUGAAUGACAUCGCAGAUGUGGAAGCCUUCAUCAGUGGUGCGGAGGUGGCAGUUGUUGGGUUCUUCCAGGAGCCGGAGAGCCCCGAGGUGUCGCAGCUCCGCCUGGCGGCCGCGCGGAUGCCGGAGGUGCCCUUCGCGCUCAGCAGCAGCUCCGCGGUGCGGGAGCACUACGGCGUGGCGGCGGCCACCGUCACGCUGUUCCGCAGGGCAGACAAAGAAAGGAUAGAUAUGGAUAUGGACAAAGAAGAAAUCGAUGCCGAUAAGAUGACUCGUUUCAUUCGAAUGAAUGAGCUCCGCCUGGUGACAGAGUACAACCCUACGACAGCAGUAGGUGUGCUGCACAGUUCUCUCCAGCUCCACCUCCUCCUGUUCACAGACAAGAAGUCCCCAGAGCACCCUGAGCAAAUGCGCAGAUAUCGUGCAGCAGCGGAGCUCUUUGAGGGUAAGAUUCUCUUUGUCCUGGUAGACGUUAACUUGAAAAGCAAUGAACAAGUGAUGGCAUACUUCAAACUGAAGAAGUCCCAGCUGCCAGCUCUGGCUAUAUUCCACACACCAGAUGAGAAACAUGAUGUGUUGCCUCUGGAUGAAGUUUCCAUUGAACGUGUGAAGGACUUCUGUAAUGCUUUCUUACAAAAAAUGCAAAAGGUAAGAGAGCAUUUCUGA